UCCUACCCACUGUCUAAUCGUGCUGAGUGAGCUGACAAGUGACAACUCAAUGAGGCUGGGGGCAAAACAACGUGAAUACCCUGAGACACCUGAAUCUUGGUCCAACCCAGCGAUCGUAAAGUCCGCCCAGGUUGAAUGACGACGGGAGCAUUACUUCUACAAGGAUGAAAGGGGUCCCAGCCUUAUCUCUACUCCUCUGGGUGUGUUCAAUGUAUUUUGUGGGAAUUUACCUGUUUAUGAGUGGGUUUCUGCUGGUACGAGUGGAGGUGAACCGCACCAGCACCUGCGGAGAUGUACUGGAGCCAAGCGGACAGUCAAGAGACUUUUGUGGGGUACAACCACGUUUUCGUAGGGCUGUCAUAAUCCUCAUCGAUGCCUUGAAGUUUGACUUUGCUCAUUUUGAUCCCCACAACACGUCGCCCCGUUUCUUUGAGAACAAGCUGCGUGUUUUUGAGGAGACAACCUCAUCCAGGCCUACACAGUGCCGCUUGUACCCAUUUCGUGCUGACCCACCCACGACCACCAUGCAGAGGAUCAAGGGAUUGACUACUGGAUCUUUGCCUACUUUUGUUGAUAUAAGUAAUAACUUUGCAUCUAGUGCCAUCUUGGAGGACAACCUCAUCCACCAGUUUGGUCAAGUUGGAAAACGAGUGGUAUUCAUGGGUGAUGACACCUGGGAGAGUCUUUUCCCAAAGAAAUUCUACCGCUCUCUGCCCUUUCCCUCUUUUAAUGUAAAGGACCUACACACUGUGGACAAUGGGAUCCUCCAGGAUCUCUACAAAACUAUGGUGGGCGAUCAAUGGGAUAUAUUGGUUGCUCAUUUCCUCGGGGUGGACCACUGUGGUCACACGUUUGGUCCUGACCACCCAGCAAUGGCAGACAAACUUGUCCAAAUGGAUGGAGUCAUCAGGUCUGUGAUCGACCGUAUGCAAAACGACACAAUCUUGGUAGUGAUGGGAGAUCACGGGAUGACAGACACAGGUGAUCAUGGAGGUGAAAGUCAGAAGGAGACUGAUUCAGCCAUUUUUCUCUACAGUCCUGUUCCCCUCUUUCCUGGAGCGCCGUCACAGAAUGAACCAGAUGUGGUGCCCCAGACUGACCUGGUACCCACCCUGGCCCUGCUGCUUGGCGUGCCUAUCCCAUACAGCAGUGUCGGCCAGGUUCUAUUACCAGUGUUUCCACCGGUUGGCACAGCAACAGACGCAGUUGCACGUCCCAGCCAGCUAGAGGCGCUGUGGAUUAAUGCAAAACAGGUCAACCGUUUCCUGGUGUCAUACUCUGGUGUGGCCAAUGAUAUACCACCUGACACUAUGACUCUGCUUAAGGAUCAGUUUGAAAAUAUCUCCUCAGAGUAUCUCAAAUUCGUCCGAGAGAGACACUCAUCCUCUCAUGAACUGCUGACUGAACUGCAGGCCUACCUCACCUCUGUCCGUGAUGCUUGCCGAGCCAUCUGGGCACGUUUCAGCCCGCUUAAAAUGGUUGUCGGUAUAAUCAUCUUGGCGCUUGCCUGUAUGACGUGUUUCACCGUGUCGGAAAUAUCAUUUGUGCUUGUCAGAGAGAAUAAUUUCCCUCUGAAGGCGGCUGUUGUAGGUGUGCUGAUUGCUGGCAUUUGUGUUGCUGUUGGUCAGCUGCUCUCUUGCGGCCGUAUCGAGUUUAUGUGGUGCAUGGCUGCUUCGGCCUUCACCUCAGAGCUGUUCUUUCUGUUCCGGGCCCUCCAGUCUAAGAAAACCGCCAUGGUUAAAAAUGGAGCUAAAGCCCGCAUGAGUGCAAGUAGGAGGACCCCGCAUAAUCCUUUCUCACCACCUUUCUUGGUCAUACUCAUUCGCUGUUUUGCCAUGUUUUCUGACAGCUAUCUAUUUGCUGAGGGUCGUGUUGUCACCUUCUUGCUUUUAACCUUGGCUAUCUGCAUUCUUCUUCAUCUCAAUUGGGAAGGCCUCCUCCUGCCUACCAACCAAGACCCUUUGAAGCCUACAUUGCUGCUGCCCUCACCUGCUUCUGCAUCAGCAACAGUAAGGAAAGAAAGUAGCACUCUCCUAGCCUUCUUUGCUCCCCUCGUUGGGAGCCUCUAUCUCUCCCUCUUCUUCCAUGGCUGUAGAGAAGGGGAUAUUUCCUGUCAGCCAUCUCCCUUCCUUUCUUCUCUUGCUCGGGUGAAGGAUAAUAAGCUGAAGAACAUUUACUACAUCCUCUCGGUCUUCUCACUAGCUGUUUGGACAUAUCUUCUAAGAAGAUGUCUACGCUACUACGGAAACCUAAACUCCUCAGGUGGAACAGUAUUUACAGCCCGAUGGAUCCUACCCUUGCUGUCUGUGUGUCUGGGUCUUCAUUGGGCAGUUAGUGCCUCUCCAGAGGAUAAUUUCAGAGAUUUAGCUGAGCUGAUCAAACUGGCCCAGCUUGUCCUCCCUAGGGCUGCCUAUUGUCUCCUGGGACUGGGGUUCACACUGAUCUGGCUCGAUCCACUCACUGUAUUUGUGAAGGCCAGACCUGCAAGUAUGACUAAGAGUUCAUCUGUGCCACCGCCACGCUACCGAGCCAGCACCGGUAUAAGCCCCCAAGCAGAGCUUCACCACCUCAUCCCCCAAAUCUACCAGCGAAUGCGGCACUCGUUAAAUGACGAAGAGACGAGUCAGGCCGGUAAACUGGCCAAUAGACAUGCUGUAGAGGCUUACGGCCUAGGAACGGUCUACUCUGCCCCACUGCUUCUGUUCUGUGGGCUGCUGGGAUUGGGUCUGAUGCUUUUGCACCCAGAGGGCAUGGCUCUGUCAUUCCUCCUCCUGCUGUUUGAAAUGGGGGCUCUGCUGCACAUUCACGCCUCCUCCACAACCCUCUAUGGCCGGCAGGGUGUAUAUUGUGAUGGUUUCAAUGUGCCUUGGACUCCUAUUGUGCUGUGGUCACUGGCAGCAUCCCAGUUUUUCCACGCAACAGGUCACCUGCCUUCCUUCCCUUCCAUUCAGUGGGGAGCAGCCUUUGUAGGAUUUCCUGACGGGCACACAGGCACCUUACUGCCGGCCUCAUUGGUUGCCCUCAACACGUUUGCUUCACAGAUACUGUUUGCAGUGGGAUGUCCGUUGCUGCUUUUUUGGCCUUUGGUGUGCGAGGUCCGUGGAAUUCGGAUAGAAAAAGGAGGAGAUGACGCCGUGAUGGAAAUGAGGCUGAGGGAGAAGCCUCAGAUGUUCAGCUGGGCUCUGCUGCAACUCUCAACACGCUACCUCUUUAUUCAAGGACUGCAGGUCUUUUCUUCAGCAUGUGCAGCUGCUAUUCUCAGGAGACACCUAAUGGUGUGGAGUGUUUUCGCACCCAAGUUAAUGUUUGAAGCUUCAGGGUUCCUGGUGAGCUGCAUAUGUUCGCUGCUUGGUGUCUCAUUAGUGCUUAGAGUCGAUGUGGCCGUUGGACGUUGGUUCAAGAGACUUAUCCCUGACGUGUCUAGGUAGCAACAACCAAACUGCUGCUUCACCAUUGCAGCCCACUGGAGAACACUGUGCCAUAAAAGGAAUGGUUAAAGUGGUUAAGCUCUGAAGACACUUCAUCUCAAGCGCAAAGGCUCAACCAGAGACAGACCUAAAGCCUCAAUAGUGAGCUGGUUGGCUGGCUGGAGAGAUGUUAAGUCUGCCAAAUCUGGAACAUUUUGAAAGUUUAUUUUUCUUUCAGACACGUAAAUGAACUACCAAUUUAAUAAGUCUGAGUAAGAUAUGCACUUUUUGAAUGUUUUCCCCAUUCUUAAAUGUCUUACAGCCUCAGAAAGCAAAGGUGUUGUUCAUUGUGCAGUAAUCAGACAUUUUUAAAAGACUAAUCUACGACUGUCACUGCUGCCUCCACUGUUAAGUACAGUAUAAUCUGGAAAAUACGGUACUAGGCGAAUACAUUGGUACCUCGACAUACGAUCCUUUUGACAUUCCACGUAAAAUUUGACUAGCCAUUUGUCUUUACAUAUGACGACAUGCUCAAAAUACGACGAUUAAUGACAGCGUCGCAAUUCCAUUGUUUUCCUGCGAGACGGACAUACGGUGGAUUUUCUUGUGAGAGAAAUCAACACGGGUCCCAAGAAGGAUAGUGCAAGUGGUGGAAAGAGGUGAUGCUUACCAUUGAAAUUAAGAAAGAACUGAUAGAAAAAUAUAAGCGUGAUGUGCGUGUGAGUGAACUGGCUAGACAUCGCGGCUUACUGGGCCGCUCCACCCCCACCAACGACAAACAGCAUGCAAAGGAGAACUGCCUUAUUAGAACCCAAUUAGUUGCAUUAUUGUGGAACAAAUUCGUAUGAAGAGGUACCACUGUACAAUGCAAAUAGAAUGUGUCACUUUUGUGGCUUCCCAAGAAUACUAGCACACCUCUUGUGGUUAUCACAAAAAAAAAAAAAAAACUCCCUAUUUUUGCUGUAUAAUGUAUUUUUGUUGUGUUUAGAUAAUACUGAAGUGCCAGGUUACUGUCAAUUUUAAAUAUUUAAAUCACAAUUGAUCAUUGUAAUGCAAGCACUAAUUUGAAUAAUAAUAAUAAUAAUAAUUAGAAGACAUCUAAAAGAAUUCUACUUAAAACUAUCAUGUGUUUUGUUUUUGUGUGUUUUGAGUUAUUAAGCUGUCAUUUUAAUAGGGCUGUUGACUUUUGACAUGUCAUUUCAUAUUUUUACGAAUGAUUUGUAGCAUUGUUUCCAAAUUCCUAAUUGAAUAGAUGUCUUACUCAUGACAUAAAGCAAUGUCUUAUUUUUGAAUAAUGUAGUGAAAGGUCAUUGAAUCCACAACCUUUAGAAACAAUGUAUUUUCUGAAGAAUGUCCGAGUCAGUGUCCAGGUUACUAUGUGUAAUGUGUUGCUAAUAAUUCAUUAAAAUAAUGCACAUUGAAAGUAUGUUGAGCUCAGGUUGAAAAAACACUGCGUUCGUCAGAUCAAUGGAAGGUUCUGUUCCAUGGAGCGUCUGCUGUGGUGUCAAUUUUUGUUGGCUUGUUCUGAGUAAAAUGCGUAGGACAAUACGAGGAACUAAAAUAAUUUAAAAUAAAAUAAUUUAUAUAACUUUAUAAUAUG